CAUAUUAGGGCAGCAGGAGUGCUACCACCUCUUCUCCUCUUCCAGGUCUCUCUUUUCUUUCCUUCUUCCAUUUCCAUUCUCUCUUUUAUCUUCUUCUUUUGGGCAUUGCUGGAUUGGUUAUGAACUCGACAGCAUGAAGGAAGUUUGUUGGCCUUACUUUGAUCCUGAAUUUGAGAACCUCAAUGAGAGGGUUCAUGGUCCCAGUUGCAGAGUUUGCAUCGACAAUGAGAGCUUCAAUGACUGCACCGUGGUCAAGGUUGACAGCGUAAACAGGCAGGGCCUCCUCUUGCAAGUGGUGCAAGCAUUGUCUGAAAUGGAUCUCUCCAUCUCCAAAAGCUACGUUUCUUCGGAUGCAGGAUGGUUUAUGGACGUAUUUCACGUUACCGAUCAGCAUGGCGGCAAACUUACCGAUGAAAAGGUCAUUAACUAUAUCCGGCAGGCCAUAGUUACAAGAAGAGAACCUCCUCAGCAGGUGAAGACAGGAGGAAGCAACCGGAAGGGCAUGAGUAGUAGUAGUAGUAGUAAUAGGAAUAUAGAAGAGACAGAGGAGAGUCCAAACGAGCAUACGGCCAUAGAGCUAAGUGGGACCGACAGACCCGGUCUAUUCUCAGAGAUAUCAGCAGCUCUUGCUGACCUUAGAUGCAAUGUAAUUGAAGCUCAUGCAUGGAGCCAUAACGAACGGCUAGCCUGUGUAGCCUACAUCGAAGAUCAACUAACUCAUAGCCGCAUCGACGAUCCACGACGACUGGCUACUAUUGAAGACCAUCUCUCCACCGUUCUUCACGCCACCACCAAUCCCCCCGCUUCCGACUCUCUCGGGGCUCACAGUGACCAAGGAGGAGGAGUCAAGACGGCGGGUCUUCAGGACAGUGGAAACGGAACGACGACAAACGUGGAACGACGGCUUCAUCAGCUCAUGUUUGCUGGUAGAGACUUUGAUGGGCCCUCGGGUGGGACCUUGAGCUUAUCGUCGUCAUCUUCGUCCAUGGAAGGCGGCGAAGAAGAAGGAAGGAAGAUAAAUGUGUCGAUCGAAGGGUGCAAUGAGAAGGGUUACUCAGUUGUGAGUGUGGAGUGUAAGGAUCGGCCAAAGCUCAUGUUUGAUACUGUGUGUGCCCUUACUGAUAUGCAAUACAUGGUCUUCCAUGCUUCCAUUUCCUCUCAUGCGGGUUACACUUUUCAGGAGUACUAUAUCCGGCAUGUAGAUGGGUGCACUUUAAACACAGGGAGCGAGAAGGAACGUCUUGUGAAAUGCUUAGAAGCAGCUAUAGAGCGAAGAGUCUGUGAGGGUGUUCGGCUGAAGUUAUGUGGACACAAUCGCGCAGGAUUGUUGUCUGAUAUCACGCGGAUGCUUCGUGAGAAUGGGCUGGCAGUUGUUCGAGCAGAUGUAGAGACAAGGGGAGAUGAUGCAGUGAAUGCAUUCUAUGUUAGAGAUAUGUCAGGAAACAAGGUGGAUAUGGAGACUGUUGAAUCAAUGAGAAGAGAGAUGGGACCAAUAGAUCUUGAAGUCAAGAAUGAAUCAUGUAAUACAACAAACUCCCCCCCUGAGAGAUCUCCUCCUCGCUUCUCCUUGUCUGACCUGCUUAGAUCACAAUUGGCACGCUUCUCACUCAACUUUAUUUCAAUUAGGUGAAGGGAAACUGAAAAAAUGAAGAAAGAGAGA